AUGGGCUACGCUCCCCGCCUGCCCCUGCUGCUGUGGAGGCAGCCGCCGCCCUGGGCUCAGGCUGCCUGGCUCCCCCCGAGUGGUGCCCGGUUCCUGCUGCUCUUGGCCAGCAGGUGCGGGGCCCCAGCCGAGCCCGGCCCCUUGUGUCUCCUCCGCAGCGGCGCUCCCCGGUCUGCGUCUUCCCGGGUGGCCGCGGCGGCAGCAGCUGGGGAGCCUGAGAGGAGGAGCGGCCCCCGGGCAAGUGAGGGAGACUCUAAGGUGAAGAGGCUGCUGGCCCUGGUGCGGCCCGAACGCUGGAGACUGACAGCUGCGCAAAGGGCUGUCACGAAGGCCCCAGCGAUACUGGUUGGCGACACAGAGACCUUGGAUCAGCGUUCCCGUCGCGCCACCCGCCAGUACCUGACAGCAGUCAGGGAAGCUAAUGAUCCAACCACCAAGCCGAAUUCCAUGAGCACCAGCUCAACGAAUCCCAGCACUGUCAUCACUGACAACCCCAGCGUGCAGCCUGAUGACUUCUAUGUCAUUGGUCCAGCUCUAGGCAUGUUACAACUCAACAUGGAGGGUUUGUCGGCUGCCAAGCGUGAUAAACUAGAAAACGAACGUGAGACCCUGGAGAAUGUUGAGUCACCCCUCUCCACAGCAAAAGGCAAUGGAGUCUAUCAGAUUCCUCUUUCAGGGAGUAGCGACGGACAUGAGGACGCACUGCAGAACGCGCUGAGACGAAGGAAAGACCUCCUGCAGAAGCUUAGGAGGGAAAGGAAUCCCCCCCACCCCAUUUCCUCAAUCUUCAGAGUGGCUGUGGAGCCACUGUGGGAGCAGCACCUUUUGGAAGAAUUUUCACAGCCCUAUAUGUUGGCAGGAGGUCACAGAAAGAACUACAGACCUAAGCCAGUACCUGUUUACCUGCCUUCCCCUCUGGCACCUGCACCAGAACCACCAAGGAUCAUCCAGCAGACAAUGCCUCAGCAACCUGCAACCAUCAUCCAACAGUUACCUCAGCAGCCACCUCUCAUCACACAGAUCCCGCCUCCACAGCCCCUCCCGGUCCCCCGUUCUGGAAGCAUUAAGGAAGACAUGGUGGAGAUGAUGUUGAUGCAGAACGCUCAGAUGCACCAGAUCAUUAUGCAGAACAUGAUGCUGAAAGCUCUGCCACCGAUGGCGUUCUCACAGCCCGGUGGGACCGGGCCUCCCUUGCUGCAGCACACCCAGCAGGAUCCCCAGUUUGCUGCUCCAGUUGUUGUGAAAGCAGAAAAACCAAGGCCAUCCACAGUGCAUCAUCACCACCAUUACCCUUCCCCAGGAGUGCAGGCCAUUCCUUCUCAGCUGGCCCCAGGUGGCUACUCCAUGUGGCCCCCUGUGAUGCCAUCCAGCCUCAUGGGACAGACUGGAGGAUUCCCAUCCGCUGUGCAUCACAUGUCUGGCCCAACUAGCACCUUCCCUGCAAUGCACACUAACCGAUGGACUCCUCCGCAGCCUGCCCCCGGGUUUGUAGACUCCUCAAGCCUGUAGCAAAGGUGGCUAGUGAGUGGACAUGGACUGUAUGCGUCACCCAUGCACGUGGAGCAUAGCAUCACUGGAGACGACUUUCUUUAGAG